CAAAGAUAAAUUUGUGCUCUACAUGCUAUAAAUAAGCACCCCCUCUCAGACUUGUUGUUCAUUGCAAGACAUUGAUUUCCUCUGUAAAAUAUCCAUAGCACACUCAAAAGGCUUUUCUACCUGACUUAGAUUUCAUUGAUUCUUUUCAAUACAUUGCUACAUCAUAUUCUAAGGACAAUUAAACAUAGACUACAUGGGGUUGAUGGCCGUUGACCAAACUCACUUGUUGUCUAAGAUGGCCACCGGGGAUGGGCAUGGUGAAGCAUCCUCAUACUUUGAUGGAUGGAAGGCUUAUGAUAAAAACCCCUUUCAUCCCACUCAGAAUCCUAAUGGGGUUAUCCAAAUGGGUCUUGCAGAAAAUCAGCUUACUUCUGAUUUGGUUGAAGAUUGGAUACUGAAUAACCCACAGGCUUCUAUUUGCACUCCAGAAGGAAUAAAUGAUUUCAGAGACAUAGCUAACUUUCAGGAUUAUCAUGGUCUACCCGAGUUUAGAAAUGCUGUGGCUAAAUUCAUGUCUAGAACAAGAGGAAACAGAGUCAAGUUUGACCCUGACCGUAUCGUUAUGAGCGGUGGAGCAACUGGAGCACACGAGGUCACUGCCUUUUGUUUGGCAGAUCCCGGUGACGCAUUUUUGGUGCCUAUACCCUAUUAUCCAGGAUUUGACCGGGAUUUGAGAUGGAGAACAGGAGCUCAACUUGUUCCAGUUAUGUGCGAUAGCUCAAACAAUUUCAAGUUGACAAGGCAAGCAUUGGAAGAUGCUUAUGAGAAAGCCAAAAGGGAUAACAUAAGAGUAAAGGGUUUACUCAUAACCAAUCCAUCAAAUCCAUUAGGCACAAUCAUGGACAGAAACACACUAAGAACAGUGGUGAGCUUCAUCAACGAGAAGCGUAUCCACCUUGUGUGUGAUGAAAUAUAUGCUGCAACAGUUUUCGGCCACCAAAAUUUCAUAAGCAUAGCUGAAAUAUUGGAGGAAGACACAGACCUAGAAUGUGACCGCAACUUGGUUCACAUUGUUUAUAGUCUUUCAAAGGAUAUGGGGUUCCCUGGCUUCAGAGUUGGCAUCAUAUACUCUUACAACGACGCUGUUGUCAAUUGUGCACGCAAAAUGUCAAGCUUUGGGUUGGUGUCUACACAGACUCAGUAUCUUUUAGCAUCAAUGCUAUCUGAUGAUGAGUUUGUGGAAAGGUUUCUGGCAGAGAGUGCCAAUAGGUUGGCACAAAGGUACAGGGUUUUCACUGGGGAAUUGAUGAACGUUGGCAUAAAGUGCUUGCAAAGCAAUGCUGGUCUCUUUGUGUGGAUGGAUUUGAGGCACCUUCUCAAGACGCCAACUUUAGAGUCUGAAAUGGAGCUUUGGAGAGUGAUCAUUCAUGAAGUUAAGAUCAACGUUUCACCUGGAUCUUCCUUUCAUUGCACUGAGCCAGGGUGGUUUAGGGUGUGCUAUGCUAACAUGGAGGACAUGGCUGUGCAAAUUGCUUUGCAAAGGAUUCGCACCUUUGUGCUUCAAAACAAGGAGGUCAUGGUGGCUAACAAGAAACAAUGUUGGCAGAGUAGUUUGAGGCUGAGCCUCAGAAAAUCAAGAAGGUUUGAAGAAAUCUCGAUGUCACCUCACUCCCCCAUACCUCAGUCUCCUCUAGUUAAAGCCACAAUUUGAGUUGGCAUGUUUCUCUGUGCCCUUUAGAAGAAAUAACUGAUACGAAGAUUAUUGAUUUUCUGAUUUGUUAUUUUGGCAAGGUACAUAAAUGCUGGAUUUGAUCUUUUUAACAACAAUAACAGGAAAAUCCUGAUAUUGUUUAUGUUACCAACAUCAGUAUCUGUGCCUUGCUUCAUAGAACUUGUGCUGCAUGAUGCAUGUCCCUUCAAUCUUAGGGGAAUUUUUUCUUUUUUCACUUGCCAAAUAAUGGGUUCAAGGUGAAAAAAGUUUAGAGUUUGUAAGGUUAUUUGUUUAUUAGAAGAGUCCUGAAGAUGUCUGUAUUUCACUAUUUCUGUUACUGAAAUUGUAAGGUCAAUGAUAAAUAAAUUGUUAUCAAAGGAUCUUCAUUCUUCAA